GGCCGCCAGUCUGCUCGACGCUCGUGCCCUUUCCAAACGGGCCUGCGCCAUGUCCCAACACAAAAUUCGAAACUCGAACAACUCGCGAAUAUAACCAUAGAGAAUAUAGACUUCAUUAGUGCGUGUAAUUAUUAAUAAAAACUUUUUUGUUAUAUGUUGGAAAAUAAUUUGUUGUGUUAUCUGUGACGUGUUUGACUGUUUAAACUUUUAAUUGGAAUACUUGUUUUGAUUUUUCCGCGUCUUUUAGUUGCAUUGGCGGAUUUGUGCAGUGAUUUUUAUCUGGAUCAGUUAAAAAGUUUUUCUUGAUCCUUUGUGUGGGUGAUUCACUGAGUGAAUAGUGAAUGUGACUGGCGAUGACAAUUUAAAGAGAACCGCUCGCCUAAUGAAGAUAAGUGGUACAGAAGUGUGUUCUCUCUAAUGAUGUGAAAAAAUAAAAACAAUCGUGAUGUGGCUCGCGGCGUUGGUGUAUUUCUUCUGUCAUUUAGGUAUUUCAGCGGGCGGCGGCGGUGACACCAGCGAGGAGAUCACGACCAGCACGAUAGACUUCGCGCUGAAUGCCACAUCUACCACCGAGAGCGUCGCCCAGCCCUACUUCGACAAUGCAACCAAACGAGAUUACACUGCGGCAGUCGGACAGCCGGCGUACCUACACUGCCGCGUGAAGAACCUUGGCGAUCGAGCGGUAUCAUGGAUACGCAAACGUGACCUUCAUAUCCUGACAGUGGGUGUGCACACAUACAGCAGUGACGCUCGCUUCGCCGCGCUGCAUACAGACAACUCUGACGAAUGGACGUUGAGAGUUGCACCAGCACAACCAAGGGACUCUGGCUCUUAUGAGUGUCAAGUCUCUACUGAGCCUAAAAUCAGUCUUUCGUUUAGACUUACUGUUGUUGUAUCAAAAGCAGAAAUACUCUCCGGGCCAGAACUGUUUGUGAGAGCAGGUUCUGACAUCAAUCUCACUUGCAUCGCCAGACAUGCUCCAGAUCCACCGAGUUUCAUCUACUGGUAUCGAGGAUCAAAUGUGGUGAACUACGCCCAGCGCGGUGGUAUCAGCGUAGAAACAGAACAGCGCACGCGAACUAGUCGCCUGCUCAUCGCACGAGCAUCACCGAGAGACUCUGGCAACUACACCUGCGCGCCGAGCAGCUCCGAUUCGGCGUCUGUUGUGGUGCACGUGGUGAGCGGCGAGCGGCCGGCGGCCAUGCAGAGUGACUCGCAGAGACUGUCACCGAUACCACUGCUCAUCCUCCUUUCCAUCAGAAGUCAAUUGAAAUCAUUCCUCACAACAGUCAUGCUGUACAUUUUACGAAAGUCUCAAUACACUUCGACUAAUUCUCUAAAAUAUAUCAGAUUCUUAUGGAACAAUUACUCUAUUAGAAGAUUUGUGACAAGAUGACCAGCUCUAGCCAAUGUUGGUAAUGUCGCAUGAAAUGCACGGCACAAACAUUAAUUAUAGAAUUUUUAAUUAGUCUUAAGUCUAACUGACGUAUAAAGAAACGAAUUAUGAUGAUAAGUAUCUUUCUUUGUUGUGAUUGGUUGUUUUGAUUAUGAUAUUAAAAUGCACUGUCACUUAUGCUUAUAAUGAGGUAUAAAAGACGACAAUGAACUUAUACGGUUUUCCAUUAGGUAUGUUACAUUUUUAUUGAACUGAAAAGUUCAUUGAACUAUCACAGGGAUUGUAAUACCGAUCUCGCGAGAUUCGUACCUCAAAGUAGAAGUAGUUUACGACUACUUAAGUAACAAAAACGUCUUAAUUCACAUCAUGUGUACUAAACCUCUUAUUAAUAGUAAUUAAGCAUAAGUAACAUUAGCAUUAAAACCUUUUUACAACUUCUUUAAUUACAGUAAAUAAUCUGUUUAUUUAUUUAGUUGAAAUUUAAGUAAUAUUAUUUACGAGAGCUUUAAUUAUCGUGUAAUCUAACAAAGUAUAAAUUUAAUAAUUCCCUUUGUUAAUUUAGUUUGAAUAAUUGAGAUACGAUCUUCUAUUUUUAUUCACUGUGUAUAACUCUGUGAUUUUAAUACAUUUCCAUUUAUUUCAAUACGAUUUGUUUUUAGAUUUACGAUUUCUAUUAUUUCUUUCUUCUUGUUUAAUUAUUUUUGUUAAGUUCUAGUAUAAUCAAAGUAAUUAAAGUAUAACUUAAUCAUUUCAACAUCAUAGUAAUUAAUGAAUAGAAGGAAUCUACAGAUAAAAUUGUAAAUUACUCGGAAAACUCAUUCGAAUUGAUUAUUUCCAUGUUUUUGUGAUCUUUUUAACUUUGAGCUUGUAAAUAUAUUUAUAGUGAAACGAGGAUAUUAAUGUUAACUUUCACUUAGUAAAUCUAUGAAAGAAAAACUCUUUGAGGCAGUUUAUUCUACUGUUAACUAGCAGUUAAGAAAGAAUUGUAGCAUUUGCUACGAAGAAAGCGUAGCACAUACUACGAAACGUCUACGCUGCUACGAAGUGGCUACGAGAUAUUUGUUGUCAGUGCCCUAGACAAAUGGCAUUUAAAAACUAGUUUAAUGAGUGAAUAGAAAAGUAAAUGUUUUGGUUUGAUAUCGAUAUACUCGAUUUUCAACAAAUUACGUCAUAUCUUAUGCCAUUAGAGACAAAAAGUCGUCUUAUCGAUAACGUUUUUAAAUGCUAUUUAUCUAAGUGUACUGAUUUUUUUACUGUUAUUGUAUCAUCAAGUCUAAACGUACUUUACGUUACUAAUAAUAUAUCUUGGUUGUGUACAAAGUAAGAACGUAACAAACUGCCUCAAUUUGUAACGAAAUCAACCAUUUAUAUCAUUAACUAGAAUAUUGUAAAUAGUAUCAUAUUUUAUAUUUUCAUCCGAAAUAAUAAAAACAUAAAGGAUUGAUGUUGUUUUCCUAAGAAAUAUGUAAUUGUACCGAAAAAUAACAUUAACGCAGCUGAAAAUAAUAGUGAAUAAGUUUUAGUGAAAUAAAUCUGUGAAUACACUUUAGAUCAUUGUAAAUAUGGUUUGUAAAUAAAUACGUUUUACGUGUUAUUUA